AUGAUUUAUGUGGGAAAAAGCAAUCCAAAGGACAAAGUAAGAAGAUGCCAUGAAAUCAUUAACAGGGAACAACUUAGCCACAUUUUUCCGUUGAAGGACUAUUAUGAUUACGUUUGGUUCUUCUGGGUGAGGCUGACAAGCAUGUGGACCUCAAAACUUCAACACGGCAUGACCGUUGAGUCUGAUAAAAUAAUGCAGGAACUCUUGACAAUGCUAACCUACGACAGCAGUGAACAAGGAUGGGCUGUUUUCAGCAGGGGGCUGUAUGACAUGACUAAAGGCAAAGGUGACAUUUUGCUCACAGUUCUUGACAACUCUAAACAAUGGGAAGACAAAGUGGAUUACCCCGAUAAAUUUGUGCCUGUAAUGAACGAGGCGAUCAGUGGCGUCCACCCCGAACACCACUGCAACCGUCUCAUUCUACCGGGGCAAACUGGACACAUCCCGGAGAGGGUGGUUUGUUCCGAAUGUGGACGUACUAUGGACAAGUAUGUCAUGUACCGCUGCUGCACCGACUAA